AUGAGCUGUGUGGAAGAUUUUCUCGACGCCCAAAUGUGGUAUCUGCGCUACUGUGGAGUGUUUCGCGAUAAGAGUACGCUCGGUGGAAUGCGCCUCACCGUGUGUAUGGGUGUGCUGGUCGUGUUUAUGGUGCUGCAGUCGAUCUACGUAUUCCAGCACGUGAACCACUUCGCCAUGAUCUGCGACGCCAUCCCGACGCUGGUCGUCUGCAUGGUGGCCAUUUCGAAGUUCUACAUCUUCGUGUUCCAUCCUGCGGCCAUGUUCGCGCUGAUUGAUUCGUUCAAAGCGCUGCAGCGGCGUGCGACCGCGGAAGAUCUGCUGCUCUUUCGCCGCAGCGGAAAGUUUCAUGCCAAGCUGACGAAAAUCUACAUGACAUCGGCACUGAUUGUGGGGUGGUUCUACAUCCUCACUGCCGUGGCUACGGGCAUCAGCCGGUCGCUGUCGGAGGAUCGAGUAAAGUUCGUGGCACCGAUGGCCUUCCCACACAACUAUCAGCAUCCGCUUAUGUUUGCGCUAACGUUCCUGUUCAACUGUGACUCCAUACACAUGAGCAUCUUCAUUAGCGGAAGUGUCGAUACGUGCUUUUCCGAGCUAGCGACGAGCGUUACGAUCCACUUUCGGCUCAUCCAACGCCGGUUCCAGGCAGUUGACUUUACCACCGGUACCGCCGAACACGAGCUCGAAGCCGUUGUGGCGUAUCAUAAGGAUGUGCUGCAGUUGUGUCUGGCCAUGACGAACCUCUUCCAGUACACCGUGUUUUACCUCUUGCUGCUAGACUCGGUGCUACUGUGCGUUAUUGGCUAUCAAUUUGUGAUAUUCAUGAACACGCCACGCGUCCUCAUGCUCGCAUCGAUGGCGUUCGUUAUGGUUCUGCAGGCGGUCAUAUACUGUUACCACGGUUCCAUGAUGCACGAUGAGAGCUUGAAGGUGGCGGACGCGAUUUAUCAGAGCAAUUGGUACGAGGCCCGACCGGCCGUACAGAAACGGCUGCGAUUAUGCAUGAUGCGAGCGCAGAAGCCCAUCGUCACCAAAGGUGGUUUCAUGAAGGCAACGUUGCCCACGCUCAAGAAGAUUUUAAACUCAACGGGAUCAUACAUCACCAUGCUGCUCUCCUUAGAAACAGAGUAG